UUCCUGCAGUUCGCUCGGUAGCGACGUUCCCAUUUCUAAGCGGUUCCGGGUUCGGGAUGACUUCAACUUCGGUCUGAUUCCGCAGUAAACGCGAAUAAAUAAGCUGAGAGGUUGAAGUGAUGGAAUUUAGAAAACUCUCUCGGCCUUCCUGAAGACCGCAGGAUGCAAGCAGGAUUUGCAGGCCAACAAACAUUUAACUGUUGCUAAGUGGCCAGGAUGUGGCCUCCUAUUUUUCGCAACUUGAGUGGUGAUGCCAAAAUACACCAACACAGGGUGGUUCUUUUCUGUACUGAGUAGGUGAGAACAUGGCAAAUAAUUGUGAUCCUAUCCCAUCUCUUGAUGAUGUCUUUAACAUUUUGUCCCAAGUUCCAGAGGAGAGGCUGCUCAGCCUGUGGUACAAGUUUAAUCCUGACAACUCAAACACGUGCAACGUGCAUUGUCUCCUCUAUAGCAUCAUUUCAUUUACCCUGAGAAAGAACGAGGAAGCUGAGAAAGCAGUGAGGUCUCAGUUAAACGAGAAAUCAACAGACAGAUCUGCGAUGUACAUUUACAACAGAAUUCACGGUUUGGUUGAUGCUCCAGAUGGAGAGAAGAAACCACCGCCGAGUGCAGAUCUUUCUGCGGAAGACAGAAGUUUUCUUGCAGACCUGGCUUUGAUGUUUGUCAUGCUCGAGGAGGAAAAGCUAUGCAGUCCCCCUGUCAGGAAUCGAGCGUGUCAGGCUGCUGUCAAUGCUUUCAAGUCCAGUAGGCAGGACUGCAGCCUAGAACUUCAGGAACUUGUUGAAAAAUUUAGGUUGCGGUUUGAUUUUGAAGCCGAGGCUGAAACUGUUGGAAUAUCUGCACUGAAGUCAAUCCAAGAGUAUAACCACAGCAAAAUAACAACUACGGCAUUCAAAACUAGUCCAAUACCUAUCCCGAGUCAAGCAAUGGUUAAUGUAUACAGUACUUCAGAAAUGACCCUACCAAGCCAUUUUGAAAUUAGUGCGUCUUUAACAGCAUCGUUCACUACUGAGGUCCGUCCAAAUGAUUUAGAAUCAUCGGCAGCAAUUCCUGAACCCGGUACUAUCAGUUCUGGCAAUAUGAUCACUGUGGGCUCAAAUAACGGUAAUAUUCCAUCUUCUGACAAUUGUUCCAGAAAGGGGGAGGUGGCCCACAGCAGUGGGGGUCAGCAACAAGGUGAACAGGACCCUGUCUCACUUUGUUCAGCUGAGGUUUCAUCAGGAGAUAAAGUGAAUGAACUGGGUCCAUCUGAAUGUACUGGUAUAAAUUGCAGUGACCAGAUAGUCACUUCCAAGUUCAAAAUGUCACAGGUCUGGAACAAAGAAACUGGAAGUUGUACCAAUUCUCAGGAAAUGACCAAAUCAAAACCAAAGGUCCAGUCCAAUGUUUCUGAUGACCCUUCUGAUAAAUCUACUCCUUCUGAGGCAAUGGAGGAGAACUUCAAAGACGCAUUCUACCCUUUCGUUAUCUUGCAUGUCCCGGAGGAUGCGGAGAUUGCGGAACAUGUGCGGGAUAGACUGGAAUCUUUGGGGGUAAAAGGCACAACAAUUGACGAUAUCUCUGUCCCAGGACAGUCCCAAAUAAAGUGCAUUGAAGAUGCAGUUAACAACUCUGCCUUCACAAUCCUUCUGCUCACCAAGAAUUUCAAUACACAAUGGGCUGACUACGAGACCAAUAUUACUCUAAUGGAUUCAAUCAAUAACGAGCACAAGAACAACACAGUUGUUCCACUGCUACCAAAGAAGAACCCCUUACAACAAGACAAGAUUCCUUUCGCACUUAGUGCUACUGUGAGUUUGAAAGAGAAUUCUAGGCACUUUGAAAAGCAGGUGAAAAGUAUUUUUACAAAAGAAGCACUUGACAGACACAGAAGAGGCUGGCUUCAGCGACAAACACAAAAGGAGAUUAAAUCAAAAACCAAUCAAAUUAAAAAAGACAUUCAGGUGGCCCAGGAGACUCGAUCAAAUCAAAUGAAAUGUAUGCAUUUUUGGAAUCAGCUGGUUGAAAUGCAAAAAAAUUGUCAGUUUUUCCCGCCAAUAUCUCUACCCCAACCAGGGAAUGUCCAAGAUCUGCCCAUGUUAAAUCCACCUCUGUACCCCAACGUCACAACACUACCGCCUUCCUUUAAUCCUUCCGUCCCACCAAUGUCACAGAUCCUGCCCUGCAGCAACCCAACCACACCUAGCAAUAGCCAAAGAGGUCAGAAUAUAAGUCUGGAGACUCCGGGUCAAGGUACAAACAUCAUCCAGAUUCAGAACGCCAGAAACGUCCAGAUAGGAGACUACAAUCAGAUGACAGUAACAGAAUGCACAGCGAUCAGUGGAAACAGUGAUGAUGAGGACGACGAGGAAGAGGAUGGUAACCACAGCAGACAUGUUUAAGUCUUAUUUUUGUUAAAGACAUUUUCUUCAAAUAAUGUACAAAGUAUAGGUUUUCUUUAUUCGUGGUGAAUGAUGUACAGGACAUUGAAAUACUUUGUCUUACCUGAAGUUUGUAUUACUUUUCUUCCGUAGAAUGUCAAACCAUUCCAGAUCUGUGUUUUCUAUUUGUUGCAAAUUGAUAAAGCCCUGAUUCUCCAGUCACAGGGAGCCUUUGGCAGAAAUGCCACAGUUUGCCUCAGCUGAAGCAGACCCUGCUCCUGAGUGCCACUGGUGACUCUUGUCCAUCGGGGAAGACUGAAACGUGGCAGGCAGCAAUGCCAAGCAGGAAACGUCUUCCUAUAAAUCUCGUUGGUGUAAAUCUGCUCCCUGCUCCCUGCAGUAGUCAGAUGCUCAUUGUUUAAGCUCACCUGUGCUUAGUGGUAUUUGCUUUAACCCAAGCAACAAUCACACAGAUGCACAGAAGGACAGGGUAAAGUGAAGUUCUAUUUUAAGAUUUUUAAUUUAAGAUGUAAUCGGUACUUAUUUUUGAUUUGGUUCCAAAUGAAUUCUAGCAAAUAAAAAUGAAUCCUUGCUCUUUAUUACUCGCUGACCCGUACCUUGGGUGACAAAUUUCUCAAGUUAGCAAAUUUCACGACACAUGCCAGUGAUAAUAAAACUGAUUCUGAAAUCUGCCUUUUACACUUUAACACGGUUGAUACUCACUACCAUCUCAAAUGGAAGAAAAAUGAGAGAAAGAGGUUCAGUGUGAUCAGGGCAGAGAGACGGAAGAGAGGGCUUAAACUGGGGCACAAAGAGGUGACAGAAUAAGAGAUCUGUGGGAGAAAAAUGAAUGGGGAUUGAACCGGGGUACAGAUAGUUUUGAGGUUCUGUACACUGACUUCCACAGCCCAGCAGAUUAUACUUGUUGCCAUUUAUUUAUUAUUAUAACCCCGGCCCCAUCCCCAACCACCAUCCAUUUCUCCUAGGCUCUCCAUUUGUGGGGUACCUUCCAUUCAGAAAAAAAUCUUCCCUAAAAAAGAAAAGGUUUCGUUUUUAAUUAUCCCCUUGCCCACCAACCCUCGCUCCAUUCCUUCCCCCCCCACCUUCCCAAUCCAGAACCAAAACAUGGACUGUCCAUUUUCCUCCAUAGUUGAUCCCGACCUGCUGAGUUCCUCUAGCUCCUUUGUGCGUUGUUUUAGUUUUAAUAAUAUUUGAAGGGUCCUUGAGCGUCAGCUUUGCCUUUCCCAGCUUACUUGCCACAUUAAUUACCUUACAGUUCCUACCUUGUGGCCGAACAUUACCCAGUCUGAACCAUGUUUCCUAUAUUUCCUGCUUGAAGAAGCAAUAGAUGCAGUGUGUUAGAACAAGAGCAGAUGAGAGAGAAAAAAUAGGAGAAUGGAUUUGAGGGACUAGAGGGAAUAGUGGCUACAUGGAAGAAUGGAGGUGUGUAAAGAGAAUCGGGAGGGGGAGAGUGUGAGACUGUGAAUUCUGAUAGUUAUUUUCAUCAUUUUGUUUCUCUGCUGGUUCCAUUUUGGGACUAUUGCAGCUUUAAUUUGAUUUUAGGAAUUAGAUAUUUAAAAUAAUUCACACUAUCUUUAGUUUUCAUUGGCUCUUUAUCCAGUAAAGCAGCAGAACCAUUACUACAUACAAAGUUACUUUGCAUUCUGAAUAAAACUGAGGGCUAAAAGCUGGCACGGUUAAUUCUUCACACUUUGUGGAAAGUGAAUUAUAGACUUUAUAGUGGUACACUGGGUCAAGAAAACAUUUGGUAAGCCAUCCCCACCCAGGGAAUUUUUUCCUCAGUGCCUGCCCUAUGUAUGAGCAGGAGAUCUUGGCAAAAUAACGAUAAAUCUCUUCCAUGGAGAACCUCACAGCUGAGGCGACACUGGGGAGACCUGCUGACUGCACAAGAACAACCUAGGAGUGAGGUUGAUUUGUUUCUGUGCAAGAAGGUGAAGGUGUAAAAUGGGAAGAGAAAUAAGAGGAAAUGUUUCAUCUUAAAUCUGGCUUGCAAAUUUAUCCAGAUUUCAUCUGGCUAGAUGUCAUAGAGUCUUGAGGUAUGAAACAGACUUGUCAGCCCACUGUUUCCAUGCCAAUCGUCAAGUAUCCAUUUAUACUGUAGCCCAUUUACCAAAGUCAAAGUAUAUUUAUUAUCAAGAGUACUACCUUAAGAUUCAUUUUUUGCAGGCAUUUACAAUAAAUUAAGGAAAUACAAUAUAAUUAAUGAAAACUCUACAUAAGCAAAGACUGAUAAACAACCAAUGUGCAAAGGAAGACGAAUUGUACAAGUAAAAGUAAAUAAAUAAUGCUGAGGAUAUGAGUUGUAGAAUCCUUGAAAGUGAGUCUGCAGGUUGUGGAGUCAAUACUGAGUUGUAGUGAGUGAAGUUAUCCCCACCGGUUCAGGAGGCUGAUGGUUGUAGGGUAAUAGGUGUCACUGAACCUGGUGGUGUGGGACCCAAGGCCCCUGUACCUCCUGCCCAGUGGUAAUAGUGGCCUGGAUGGUGUGGGUCUUUGAGGAUGGAUGCUGCUUUCUUCUUGCAGCAUUCCAUGUAAAUGUUUUCAGUGGUGGAAUGGCUUUGCCUGUGAUGAACUGGGCCGUAUCCACCACUUUCUGUAGACUUUUCCAAUGGUGUUUCCGUACCAUGCCGUGAUGAAAGUGUUUGGGAUGCUCUCCACUGUGGACCUAUAGAUGUUUGUCAGUUUUAGCUGACAUGCCAAAAUCACACAAACUUCUAAGAAAGUAGAGGUGCUGUUGUGCUAGCACUUUCUGGAAUGAUAAUGCUAAGGAAUUUAAUGUGCCUCUGGUUGAAUUCUUCUGUCAACAACUAUAACCAACACCAGUGUACAAAAUACAAACUCUGCAAAUAAACAAAAUU